AUGCCCAAAAUCGACAUACCUGUGAGACUAUUGACCGAGGCGCAGGGCCACAUCGUCACGGUGGAGUUGGUGACGGGUGAUACGUACCGGGGGAAGCUUCUUGAAAACGAAGAUAACAUGAAUUUAUCCCUCUACGACGUGGUGAUAACCAAAGGUCGCUCCGGCACCACCUCCCAUAUGAGCCAGGUAUUUGUUCGGGGGUCGAUGAUUCGGUUGGUUAUUGUUCCCGAGAUGUUGAAGAAUGCCCCCAUGUUCUUCAUGAAGCCCAGUGACAAGCCAAAACCACCUGUAAGAGGGCCUCCUCCCAAGCGAGUCAAGAGAUCUUAG